AUGGUCCUUGAGAUGCGGGGUACAAUUCUCCCAGGACACGAGUGGGAUGUCAUGGUUGAUCUUUUCUUCUACAGAGACCCAGAAGAAACUAAGGAGCUGGAGGAGGAAGAGGCUUUGGUUGCUCCUGACUAUGGUGCUGUUGCAGAAUAUGCUGCUACAGGGACUGACAACUGGGGUGGUGAUUGGGGGGCUGGUGAUACUGCAGCUCCACCUGCUGGCGCUCCUGCACCAACUGGUGCCGACUGGACUGCUGCUCCAGCUCCUCCGGCUGAAGGUGUCUGGGAUGCAGCUGCUGCCCCUCCUGCAGCAACCCCUGGAUGGGAACAAGGUGUUGCCCCCGUCGCCGCCUGA